AUGGCGCCCAGCCUAACUGACGGCGCCAAGUGCAGUAUCUUCCUGGUCCUGUUUACUUUUUCUUUGUUGCUGCAAGAGGCAAAGCAUCGCGAAACAUACACCAGUGAGGUGCCACUCGAGUCAGAAACCGCAGAUGACCGUGUCACGUAUGUAGAUGAGGACAACACUAGUAUCAGCGGUGGCCACGGCACUCCUGACCCAGCAGUCAGUAAUACAGAAGCCUCUUCAACACCUACUGCUGUUUCCAAUGCACUCCCACCUGGCAGUUGUGCAGAAAUGAGAGAUUCUACCUCUCAGGGCUGUGACAUCUCCACCACUAGCUGUUCUUCCAGAGCCCCUGACGAAGACAGAGCGAUUUCACACAAUGCUCCACUGCCGCCUCAGGGGUCUCUGGAGGCUGAAGGUGCUCAUUCUGACACACAACACAGAGCCAACCGUACAAACCCAGCAUGCAACUUGUCUAGCUUUGGAAUCCUGUCCUCCGCACUUGGCGAUCCCUCAAAUCCUAGAACAGGUUGGCUUAGAAAGUCUUUUUACUGCAGAAAAACACACAGUGGGGCAGCAGCUGCUCUAAGGCUGCUUCAGCCACAAAAGACACCGUAUCAGGUGCCAGUCACGAAGAUGAAAGCCAAGCCACUCCAUGUACAACCUUAUGAUGCAACCAGUUUAACAGCUCGCAGGUCACUGUGCUUUCUAGAGAUGUCAAGUUCUUUCACAAGUGUGGAAAGAAUUCCUCAUGUUUUUUCUUCUCUGAAUUCUCUUGAUAGGAGCGGGAUGGAUAUCACAGAUAUGCAGGUCAAAAGAGCCAAGGGGUGCUCUCCAUAUCUCCCUGUUCAGAGCCCCACAUCCCUGGAGCCUGUUUCCACAGGAACAAAAAACACUGUUCCUUUUAAACUACCUCUGACCUCAUCUAGUGAACUAAGGGAGACUGGUCCAAGAAUAGAUAAAGAGGACAGUGAUGGAAAUAAAAAUAUGAUACCCAGCCAAAAUAGACAAUCAGAAAGUGGCUUUCCACACCCAAAUUUCAGUUUCCUUGCAGCCCAUGGCUCAUCUUCUGGAGGAAGUGGUGGAGGUGUUAAGAUGGGACAAGAGGUUGUUUCUGAACCACUAGAGGAGGAAAAUGAAGUACCAGUGAUGCCAAAAAUCUCUGCACUGAUCAGCAGUUCUUCAGUGCCCACCAUGACUCUUAAUUCUGCUGAGAUCACAGCUUCUCCUCCAUCUUCCAUGAGUUCUUCUCAGUCAUCAGCAAACAAGGUGCAAACAACCUCUCCCAGCAGCACCGGAAGUCCCUUGUUUACGUUUUCACCUCCUCCCACUGUAAUAUCUGCAGCGGCGGUUGUACUGCCUCCAUCAUUUCCUGCAUUUAUAUUUAGUGUGCCCAUUGCAAACACAGAACUUUCUGGCUCUAGCAGGGCUUUCAAACCAAUUCUAAAGAGUUCCACUCAAGACAUCACUGCACUGAACAGAACUAACUGUGAGAGGCAAAAUGAGGACUCACAGAGCCUUUUAAGACCUGCAAAACUCCUGAAAGAAGGAGGCGUCCUAGAUGUUGGUAAAAGCCCUGUAGCUCUCACAGGUCAAAAGCUAGAGUCUCUUACUGCUCGGCUUACCACAGUGCGGCCAGUGGUUUAUACAAAACCAGCAAGCAGUACCUUUUCUUCCAGUGCAAUCAGCUGUGAGGAAUGUGUAAAAGCUGCAUCGUUCUGGAAGUGUGAUACAUGUCUGUUCCAGAACAAUGUAAAACUGCCACCAGGAGAAAGCGCUAAACACACUGGAAUUGGGACAUCAAGCAAAAGUGGCAAAGCAACUCUGCCUGCAUCACGGACAGGCUCUGGAGAUAAAUUUGAAUUAGCAAGAGGAACCUGGGAUUGUGAUACCUGUUUAGUACAAAAUAAAUGUGAGGCAAGGAGAUGUGUGGCUUGUGAAACACCCAAACCUCAAAUUGCUGUGAAGCCAGUCCUCAGGGGGACAGCGGUUUCAGAAGGUGCAUUCACUAGGACUAAGUCAUCUUCCUGCAGCACUGUUACGUCUGGUACCUUAUGAUUGGGAGGUAAAAUCAAUAGGCCUGUGGGAUCUUGGCUGUGCCCACUACGCUGUGUUUCUAAUAACGCAGAAGACAACAAAUGUGUGUCCUGUAUGUUGGUGAAACCAGCAAGUUUAGCCCCUGCUUCCAGUAGCAGUGGGGCACGUCUGUCUUCUGGAGACCACCUAGGAUUGGACAAGUGGAAAAGGCCUGAGGAGAAAUGGGACUGGGAAUCACGCCUAGUGCAGGAUAAAGCAGACUCUACCAAACGUGUAGCAUGUGAACAGGCCAGGCCAGGCACAAAAUCUCACUUUCAAGGACGGGACACAUCUUCCUCAUCUCUGAAUCCAGCAACCUCGUCCUUCAAAUGUGGUGUCCCUUCAUUCUCUUCUGGGCCUUCUCAGACCAUCACAAACAGUGGAAAUUUUAAAUAUGGAGAUCAGGGAGGAUUCAAAGGAAGUGUAUCAUCUGACUCUGGGUCUAUGCAGCCCAGGAGUGAAGGCUUUAACAUUUGUAAACCCACUGGAGAUUCUACAUUUGGAGUUUUAACUGAUUCUAACUGUAAAGAAGUUAAACUAUGUGGUAAGAAUGAUAAUAAUUUUAACUCUAGACUUAAUUUUGGUUAGCAAGGAAGGAAAGAACAGCUGACAAAGUGCAUUUUUGCUUCUGGAGCGCUGAAACGAGCAUCACAGCUGACUGAGGUGCAGUAAAGCCUGUUUUCUGUUUCCUGAACAACAGUUCCUCUGGUU